CUAAGCCAUACCAUACUCAAGUAAAGCACCCAACGCACCAGCCCAAAAUGCCCAGUAUCAAAUUCUUCUACUCCCCAGACGCCUGCUCCAUCAUCCCACACAUUCUCCUCCAUGAAACAAAGACCACUUUUGAAGCCAUCCGAAUCGAAAUGGAAGGAACCGAUCUCAGCUUCCCCGAGAGCUUCCGCAAAAUCAACCCUAAAAGCCGCGUCCCUGUAAUCGCCCUCGACAACGAGGUCAUCACGGAAGUCCCGGCCGUCUCAACGAUUAUCUCUAGCCUGGCACCGGAAGCACACCUCCUGGGCCGAACCCCGAUCGAGACGGCCCGGGUUCAUGAAUGGAUGAAUUAUGUAGCUGGAACAGUGCAUGCGGGGGGGAUUAGCCAUGUCUUCCGGCCGGGGCGGUGGACUGUUUCGACAGAGGAGAAAGACUUGGAGAUGAUUAAGAGGAGAGGAUUGGAGAUUUUGUGGAAUUGUUUUCCGUUGAUUGAGGAGAGGUUAAUUGGGGAGUAUGCCGUUGGGGAGGACUUUACUGCUGCUGAUGCGUUCUUGUAUUUUGCUUAUCGGUGGGGGGUCAUAGCAGAGAUUGACAUGCAGGCGUAUGCCAAAUUUACGCAGUUAGCGCGAAGAGUUGAGGGAAGGGAGACGGUGCAGACAGUGCUGAGGAGCGAGAGGAUUCAUUCUAUCUUUUGACUCAUAUAGGAUUUAUUUGUCAAAAUUCCUGUGCAUAUCUUUUCCUGCGCGCUCUUUGUCGAUGACAUGACAUCCACUUCGUUGCUCCUCUUAUAUCUCCAGUCACAAGUUCCUUAUUAGAAGGUUUAACCAUAGAAUUGCAGGCAAAGAAUAC